UAAAUUAUUUUAAUAACAAUAAUAAUAGAAGUGUUAUCAUUCCCAUUUCGUUUCAAACCUUUUCAAUUUCAAUUAUUCAAUCAUGCAUUGUCUUGUCUCUUCCUCUCUCUAGAGAGUUCGGCCAGCCAUGUCAUCACAGAUACCUGCAGCGGAGGCGCCGCUGCUCCGCAACCGCCACGACGCCGCCAGAGCGCCGGCGCUAGCGCUCCUCCUCGGUCGAGCCGGCCGUCGAGGCCCCUCCAUGCUAGUGAGGGAGACCGCUGCGCGCGAGCUCGAGGAGCGCCGCACGGACUGGGGUUACUCCAAGCCGGUGGUGGCGCUUGACAUGUCGUGGAACAUGGCCUUCGUGGUCGUCUCGGCCGCGAUGCUCGCAUGCACCAUUAGCGAGCGGCCGAACUCGCCGAUCCGCGUGUGGAUCAUCGGGUACGCGCUGCAGUGUCUUGUGCAUGUGGUGCUCGUCUGGGUCGAGUACCGGCGUCGUAGCCGGAUGGACUCGCGCCGCGGCCAGGGGACGCAGGACGUGGAGAGCCAGGCCGGCAGUGACAACGAUGAGGGCGGCAACGACAGCGACAGCGACGUGGUGGAUGGGAGCUCUGGCAAUUCGUCUCGCUCCAGGUUCACAAAACGAUGUGAAUCAUUAAAUACUGGGGUUUCAUUCCUUUGGUGGAUAGUGGGCUUUUACUGGGUUGUCUCUGGUGGUGAUAUACUUCUGCAAGAUGCCCCACGAUUGUAUUGGUUAUCUGUUGUCUUUCUGGCAUUUGAUGUCUUUUUUGCCAUCUUUUGUGUUGUCUUGGCGUGCUUGAUUGGUAUUGCUCUUUGUUGUUGUUUGCCCUGCAUCAUUGCUAUUCUCUAUGCGGUUGCAGGACAGGAAGGUGCGUCAGAAGCAGAUCUUAGCAUACUUCCAAAAUACAGAUUUCGAAUACUAAGCAAUGAGGAUAAGCCCAGUGGCGGAGCUGGAUCAAUGGUUCCCAUAGAAACCAGCAGCGCUUACUUGGCAAAUGAACGAUUGCUUUUACCAGAGGAUGCGGAAUGCUGUAUUUGCCUCUGUUCAUACGAAGAUGGAGCAGAGCUCCAUGCUCUUCCUUGCAACCAUCAUUUUCAUUCUUCAUGCAUAGUGAAAUGGCUGAAGAUGAAUGCUACUUGUCCUCUCUGCAAGUACAAUAUUCUCAAGGGAAACGAACAGGUUUGACAGAAAGUGAAGAACCUACCAACUACCAACUGGUUAUUUUAACGGCUGUUGUUUAAUAUGUAUAUAUAGUUUCAAAACAAAACUCGCUGUGUAGAGUUUUAGCUGUGUCUGUAGAGAAAAAAUAACAUUUAUUUAUAAGAUAACAAAUGUAGUCUACUCAGCAUUAUUUCGUCCUUUGUUAGUUUCAGUUGAAAGUUGUCCACUUUA